AUGCAGAACGGAGACUGGACCUUCCAGAUCCUGGUGAUGCUGGAAAUGACCCCCCGGAGCGGGGACGUCUACACCUGCCAGGUGGAGCACAGCAGCCUGCCGGGCCCCGUCACCGUGCUCUGGGAGGCGCAGUCAGACUCGGCCAGGAGCAAGAUGCUGUCGGGGGUCGGGGGCUUCGUGCUGGGGAUGAUCUUCCUGAUGCUGGGACUCCUCGUCUACCUGAGGAACAAGAAAGGCCGCCCCGUUCCCCAGCCAACAGGGCUCCUCAGUUAGAUCCUGCAGCUUCGGGGCCUGCAUUGCCCAGCGUGAUUCUCCAGCCCCGUCUCCUGGCACCUGUCCCUGUAUCUGGAGCUCUUCUCACUUUCCCUCCAUCCUCACCUGGAUCCCUGGGGCUGACUCCUCAGAAUUAGCCCUUUAUCUGCCUAAGUCUGCACCACAUCUGCACUCAGAAAUGCUACUGGUUCUUGGGGGACCUUCAGGGGACUCAUAUCUGAGAAACAGGAAGCUGUAACAAAGCCGUUUGCUGCACUUGUAACAGCCCUCUGGAAUGAGAUACCUCUGGGGCCCAAUUGAGAUCUGGUAAGACUGCCCUGGGUCCCAGGGUGUCCUCUGGGGCUGUUGGAUAGAAGCAGGUGUGGGUUGAGUCAGGUGCAUUGAAACAUGUGCUGGAGCUUGUGCUAUUGUAAUUGCUUCCACUACUGCUCUGGAUCAAUCCUUGGGGACUGGGAAAGAGCAGGUUUCUGUCCUGCUGCGGGGUGAUGGUGUUUCUGACCAAUAAAUUGUCUCA